AUGCUUCUACACAUACCGGCCGUUGUCGGCCUCUUUGCCAUCGCCGCCGCCGACAACAACGUCUCAACCUCGCCCGAAACCGACACUCCGCCAGACUGGGCCACCAACAAUGCGCUGCAGAUGAACCUGUCGGCACCCAACGGACAGGCGGACCCCAUCCAGUACACCGUCAUCCCUGUCAUUCCGAAUGCUGGGUCAAAUCCAAGACAACAAAAGACCAUCAACAUCACCGGCGUCAUGAUUGCCACCGACGUGUCCAACUUCAACAAGGUGACAAAUCCCAACGAUGUCGCCUAUCUGUCAUGCGACAAUCCCUCGUCAGAUUCCUUCAUCAGCACCAAUGAGAUGCUCAACGACAUCAUUGCUCAAGGCCCCAAGGCCAUCGUCCUCUACUCGCUUGCCAGUACCUGGUGUAGUCUUGAUUUCGGGACCCCGCCGACCGUCUCCAACAUCCUCUCCAUGGCCGACAGUGGCGAGGCCCAGGGGGUUCUCAACUCCCUCAACGGCACUGCUACCGGGCGGCUGGUCAAUGUUUCCAUCACGGGGAACGCAUCAAACAACGACUCUGGCGAUCCCGGCCCAAGUGGCAACAACUCGACUGUUGCCAUGGCCAUUCUCUACACCAUCACCGCCCUCAUUGCCAUCUUGUUUGUCGUGAUCAUCGUCACUGGUGUGGUGAGGGCUCAGCGACACCCCGAAAGAUACGGCCCCCGGCGAGCUCUGGGAAAUCGGCCCCGGCAGAGCCGUGCAAGAGGACUCGCCAUGGCCGUUCUCGAAACGCUGCCCAUUGUCAAGUUCAAGAACAACCAGGACUCGGCCAAGCCGGAUCCCGACCUGGAGCUGGACGCAGCCACUACUGGCGACGGCAGAACCCAGCGGUCAUCUUCCAUCUUUACCAACGACCCGCGGCAUGAGGCUUCGAGGGGAGCCGCGGGAGCAGCCACAGGAGCCGCGGGCCAUGACGAGGCUCGUGAUGCCCCUCCAGUCGCAGAGUCGCGCGGCGCUGCUGAUGCCGCUCCUCCUCCCGAAAACGCGGGCUGUUCCAUCUGCACAGAAGACUUCAGGGAAGGCGAAGACAUGAGAGUUUUGCCCUGCAAUCACAAGUUCCAUCCGACCUGCAUCGACCCCUGGCUUGUCAACGUGUCCGGCACAUGUCCAUUGUGUCGGCUUGAUCUUCACGAGGCCGCCCUCGUUGCUGAAGAUGCGGCCAUCGAUCGGACUGUUUACAAUAGAAACUCCACAUUGCCGCCUCCUCUGGCGCUGGACGGUGAGGAGGACGAGGGCUCUCACGGACACCACCGCAAUAGGCUCUCUCGCCUGUUCGACAUCAACAGGUUGCGACAGGCCACGCGAGAGGAGCAGAUCGCCGCCCUUCGUCAGAUGCGGACAAGUCGCCAGACCGAAGCAGGGGCUCAGGACUCGAGCAACCACGAUGCAGAGCGUGAAAGGGGCCAGAGGGCCCACCUCACAGCCAAGCUGAAGGAGAAGUUUCGCAUUCGAACCAGAGCCCGGUCUCCGGAGCGGCAUACAGACGACGACUACUGA